AUGAAAGAAAAAACCAAUAUGCCAUUUAAUCUUUCCCCUAAAGUUUUUACCUUUUUUCUCCUAAUAUCUGCCUGGAAAUUUCCCUUCGAGUCAUGUGCCUCCUACAAAUGGAACAGGAACAGUGAAAUAAAUAAUACACUAGGUAUGCAACAUGGAAGAAUGUUAAAGGGAGAAGCGGUUGUGCAGAAAAAAGCAACAUAUUCAAAAUUAAAAGAAGAAUUAGUGGAUAUAUUGGAAGAAGAAGAUAAAGAUUUGUUUGGAAAACGACUAAAUGCAUUAAUAAAUGACAGCAAUUAUAAGCAACAAUUUAAUAUUUUGCUUAAUAAUGAACAAUUAAAAGGAUUAUCUGAUUUUGCAAAAAUUAAUGAUAGAAUAAAAAAACAAUAUGCUCCACAUUCUGAAGAAUCAGAAGAUGUAGCUGAUGUAAGAACACUUAAAAAGCCAAAUGAAAUUUCUGUUGUAGAAAAUCCUAAACAAAUUGGGAAAGUAACAGAUUUAGCUAAAUAUAAGAAUCCAAGAAUAGCAGAGGAGGUAUCCAAAUUACAUCAAUUGGCAAAAAACGCUGAUGAUGUAGCAAAAUUUCGUAAAUGGCACAAAGAGUCCAGUAUUUCCAAUUUGGAUAACGAAUUAAGAAUAAAUCAAGACAAACAAAAAUUGAAAAAUGCAUCUAAUAAAUCCAGUUAUGGAAAUAAAUAUCCCAUAGGCUUUGACUCUGUAGAUGAUUUGGAAUCAUUGGAUCUUAAUGAAGACAAUGAAGACGAAGACGAUGCAUAUAAAUCUGAUUUAGAUGAAACAGAUAAUGAAUCUUGUUUUGAUAUUGAUGAAUUAAAAGAAAAUCAUGACAAAGUUGUAUAUCUUGAUGAUGAUGGAAAUUGUAUAAGUGCUGAAGAAUACAUGAUAAAUCAAAUUAAUGAAAAAACUGAAAGGGUUCAUAAAAAUGAAAAUAUUGCAAAACAUGAUGAACAAAAAUCUGAAAAAAUAAAUCCUAAAAUAAAUCCAACUACAUCUGAUAAGCAGCCCCCGAAAACAACAUAUUAUAUCAAUAAUAAAAAAGUUCUUAAAGGAGAAGAUUUGCGUAAAUAUAAUAAAACAGAAACUUCGAAUCAAGGAAAUGUCAAAAGUGAUCAAAAAACUAUACAUAAUGAGAAGAAAAAUAAUAAUAAACAAAGUAAUUCCUUUAUGCGUAAACUUUUAAGAAGAAUAGAUUCCAAAAUUGAAUUAGAAAUGUUACGUUACUUGAAUAUUCAAUCCAAAGGCCAAAAUAACAAUUCUCAAAAAAGCCAAAAUAAAGUACUAAAAUCUUUUAAAAUUAUGAACAAAUAUAGAGUAUUUUCCCCACUAGUCGCACUUGGAAUCUUUUCUUUAAUGUUAUCAGCUCGCUAUUACUAUAUGGAAUAUUUCACUUCGUCACCUAUAUUUUCUAUUAUAUUACAUAUUUUGGUUUAUGGUUUGUAUGCUCUUCUGGCAUUAUACUAUGUUGCAAAAUUAGCAAAAAUGACACGCGUAAAAAGAAAUUUGGAAAAAUCUAAUGAAAAGAAGAAAUUAGAGAACUCUAAGACUAAAUAA